UACUUAGGAGCAAAGAUCUGGCCACCAGAACACAAACGAUCGAUGAAUACAAUCGGAAAGUCUGAAAGCUCGAUGAAGAUGACUUCUAAGAUGCGCCGUGGCUUACCGACGGCGUUCAUUCUCUUCUUCCUGGUUCCGGUAUUGAUUCCAGUCGGCGAGGCGGUAUGGCUAGAUGUGCCUCCCACCGGGACAAAGUGUGUAUCUGAAGAAAUCCAGAGCAAUGUCGUCGUUUUGGCUGAUUACCUCAUCAUCUCUGAGGAUCAUGGCGUCAUGCCCACUAUCUCCGCCAAGGUGACAUCCCCAUAUGGCAACGUUCUGCACCACAUGGAAAAUGUAACGCAUGGCCAAUUUGCAUUUACAACCCAAGAAUCCGGGAACUACUUGGCGUGCUUUUGGGCAGAUGCAAAGAGUCACGGAAACCAAAAUGUUAGCAUCAACAUUGACUGGAAAACUGGAAUCGCUGCUAAGGAUUGGACCUCUAUUGCUAAGAAAGAGAAGAUCGAGGGUGUGGAGCUGGAGAUCAGGAAACUAGAAGGUGCAGUUGAAGCCAUCCAUGAAAAUCUACUCUACCUAAGAAACAGAGAAGCAGAGAUGAGGACAGUGAGUGAGAACACGAACUCGCGGGUGGCUUGGUACAGUAUAAUGUCCCUGGGUAUUUGCAUCGCCGUCUCUGGUCUACAAGUAGUCUACUUGAAGCAAUACUUUGAGAAGAAGAAGCUUAUAUAGAGAUUCCCUGAUCUUCAAUUUCUCUAAAGAGUUCCUACUUAGAGAAUAAUAUUCAAUUCUUUUUCGUUUACACGUUCCUUUUUACUGACGCUGUAAAAUUUUGUUCAUGGGAUUUUCCUGUAGCCUCAUUUCUGAUAAGUAAUCAUUCUUUCUGAUU